CAAAGAGAGGAAGUUCAAGUCAGUAUUCAAGAGACAGAGCAGAGAUCUCUCGAGGAAAGCAACCUGUGAGGGAACCAAUGCAGUUGGUUGAUGAGGAUAUUGAAUAUGGGCCUAAGAUAGCUCCAGCUGCAAGGGUUGCUAGACCGGUGAAGAAAGGAAAUAAAGCAAAAGAUGAUGAAAAAGUCCUUACCUGCCAUGACUACCAUGCUCUGUUUUCGCAACACGAGUUUCUGGGGACGAAGUAUCCUCACUGGAAGACGAUGGAAGAUCUCGGGAUUUCUGAAGAUGUCGAGUAUCUCCUCAGAUAAUGAAAUCUCCAUACGCACAUGUUCAGACCAAUGGAGAGUUUCAAAGAAGAGACGAUUCAGUUUCUUUCAUGAAUUUCUCUUCUUUCAAACUCUCCAUUGGUCUGAACAUGUGCGUAUGGAGAUUGCAUUGUCAAAGGAGAUACUCGACAUCUUCAGAAAUCCCGAGGUCUUCCAUCGUCUUCCGGUGAGGAUACCUCGUCCCCAGAAACUCGUGUUG